ACGCUCUUGCCGGUGGCAUUUUAGCCGCUUUAUUCUGUGGGGCCGUGAUUGACAAGCUGCGCGCAGUAGUUAAACCCAAAAUCUCGCACCUGCUAAAGUUUGAGAGAAACGAAGAUAUAGACAAAGCGAUCCUUUGGCUAAAACUCCUACCCAUGUCUUUUUCCAUGCUGAUCAUGUCUACAUUCGCCGUCCUUGUAAGCAGCCUUGUGUUCGUCGCGAAUGAACGAGUCUACUAUGUCAACUUCUUCUUCCUUGUAAUCACGCGCGGCUUCCUAUUCAGCACCUUUACUUCUUCGAUGAUGGCCGCCUUUCCAGUGGCACAGUUUGGCACCCUCUACGGCAUUGGCGGUGCCAUUGCGGGUGCCUUCUCCUGCCUUCAGUAUGCCCUGCUUGUGCCUGCACCUACAAUUGGAAAUGGAAUCGCGCUUGGUAUUUCUAUUCUCAUGUUUGUUCCACCUAUAACCAUAAUCGGCAAGUAUCUGCACAUAAAGAAGAAGGCUAUUCAGGGUGCAUCAGCCGCGAAGGAAAAGGAUGAUAUCUCGGUUCUAUUAUAG